AUGGAUUGGAUGCCAAGAACAGCACUAACUAUGAAAGAGAUUACAGAACUAACUCAGUACAUAAAAGGCGAGUACACUAAACCCAGUAAUCUAUCUUCUCUCCAAUGGCACCGAUUCCAAAGGAAAGCCAAGGAUUUUCUAGUCCACAACAACACGUUGUACUACAAGAACAGUAAGCAGAACAUGAAGUUGCUAGAGGUAAUUGGUAAUGACGACAGCGCGAAGCUAGAGAGAAUAGCCCAAACAACACACACAGAAAAUGACCAUAUGAAGGUAGAAAAUCUGUACCAAAAGCUCCGAUGCCAUUAUACGGGCUUCCGCCGCCAAACCAUUCGAGCAAUAAACCUAGAUUGCCCUACAUGCAAACCACUCCCGGCGCCACAGAAAGUCAUUCCUAUACAUUAUGUUGAGUGCCAGACCCCGCGAAUCUAUCUGCAGAUUGGAUGUAUUGAUAUGCACCAGUAUGUAGAGGAAAACGAUAAACAUGCAUGGAUUUUGGUAGUUUUUGAUGUUUGUUCUAAGUUUUUGAUAGCAGAGCCAAUGAUAAGAAAAACCGGCAAAGCGGUUGCCAAAAAACUAAACCAUAUAUUUGCCCUGACUACUCGUCCAUGGAUAAUACAAUAUGACAAUAGCGAAGGGGUUGUCAAUGAUGAAGUUAUAGAUCUUAUGGAGCGUUUAAGGAUUGAAUACAGGCCCAGCCAAUCUCAUCUACGCAAUAUGAGCCAAGUGAAGCAAGCCGCCCAAAACCUAACUCAGAGCCUGUUUAAGCAUGCGCCAAGGGAUAACCCCACUCGCUGGAUUGAUGUGUUAGAUAGCGCCCUUGAUGACCACAAUCGGCGCUGGCACCGAGCUAUUAACAAUGUGCCGGUUGACGUAUGCUACGGCUGGUCGAUAACUGGCCCUCGCCCGCUCUUGCCCAAGGAAUGCCAAGCGGCCUAUGACCAAGAAGUAAACUGGAUGCUUCGUUGUGAACUAGAGAGGGAUUCGCUCGUUGGCCCAGAGUUAGAUUGGAGUUGUCCUAUAGAGUGCCUAGACCCAGCGACUGCCCGGCCGAAAACAACCCCAGUAGAACAGCAGAUAGAUGCCAAACAGCGACAGAAGCAUUCAAGUAUGAUGGGGCAACACAGUACCAACUCAUUGGGUUAG